GUUUAGCCAGAAGAGUGAGAGAAGAUGAGUCAAACGAGACUUUUUUCUUUAAAGAUGAAUGAUGGAUUCUUCAUGCCUAUGCUGGGAUUGGGCACUUCUGCCCCUCCUCAGGUUGCUAAGAGUGAGGUAGAAAAGGCCAUUAAGAGAGCAAUCGACGUAGGCUACCGCCAUAUUGAUUCAGCUUAUAUGUACCAAAAUGAAGAAGAAAUUGGGAGAGCCAUCCAGAUGAAGAUUGCAGAUGGCACUGUGAAGAGGGGUGACUUAUUCUACACUACAAAGUUGUGGAGCACCUUUUUCCGUCCAGAAUUGGUCCAAACUUGCCUGGAAAGCUCACUGAGGAAACUUCAACUGAGCUAUGUGGAUCUUUAUCUUAUUCAUUUCCCAAUAGCUAUGAAGCCUGGGGAGGACUUUUUCCCAAAGGACACACACGGAAACAUCAUUUUUGACACAGUGGAUCUCUGUACCACAUGGGAGGCCCUGGAGAAGUGUAAGGACGCAGGACUGGCCAAGUCCAUUGGGGUGUCCAACUUUAACUGCAAGCAGCUGGAGAUGAUCCUGAACAAGCCAGGGCUCAAGUACAAGCCCGUCUGCAACCAGGUGGAAUGUCACCCUUACCUCAACCAGAGCAAACUGCUGGAGUUCUGCAAGUCCAAGGACAUUCUCCUUGUUGCAUAUGCUACCUUGGGGUCUGACUUAAGGAAAAAAUGGGUGAAAAAGGACAAUCCAGUUCUCCUGCAGGAUCCAGUACUCAACACCAUUGCUGAAAAGCACAGGCGAACUCCAGCCCAGGUCACCCUGCGCUAUCAGCUGCAGAGAGGGGUGGCUGCUCUGGCCAAGAGCUUCAAUGAGAAGAGGCUCAAGGAGAACUUCCAGGUUUUUGAAUUCCAGUUGACCCCAGAGGAUAUGCAAAGUCUAGAUGGCCUAAACAGAAACAUGCGCUAUUUUGAAGAAGAUUCACUGUCUCAUCAUCCAAAUUAUCCAUUUCAUGUUGAAUAUUAACAGCAGUGUCUGUGGUUGCUCCAGAGUUCUCAGUUUUGGGUUGAUGAUUGGAGGACAUCUCAAGGAUGAGAACGUACCUGCUUCGUUGCAUGUCACUUAGCCUGAUCAGUCGCGAUAUGGCUGGAGUCCCUGGAGCAGGAAAUAAAAAUCUCUAAACCCAGUCUUUUUCCCCCAAAGUAAAUAAAGAUACAUUUCAAACAAUCCAACCUACUGCUGCUUUGGCUUUUUUGGUUUAUCUGUUUUGUUUUGUUUCCCUGUAUAACUGAGGUUGAAAUGCUGUCAGCCCUGGAAGUGAUCAUAGGAGAUAUGGAUCCCCCAGAAAAAGCUAACCAUAGUAUAUUUUCCAAAUUUUCGAAGUCUGGCUUUUCACCUGUCUGUAGUUCUUGUGUGUUUUUUCCCCUUUUGUUCUGUGAAUUUGCUGCACUAUAUAAUUUUAUGAGACCUUUUAAAGGGAUCUAAAACUUAAUGAAUACACAAUACCCCAAAUGUCCAGAUUUCAAUAAAAAAUUACUCAUUAUACCUAAAACAAGGCAUCAAAUUGAAUUAAAAAAGACAAGCUACAGAUACACACACCAAGAUGACUGAGAUAUUAGAAUUAUCUGACCAAGAUUUUAAAGCAGCCAUCAUGAAACUGUUUCAACAAGCCAUUACAAACAUACUGGGGACAAAUGAAAAAGUAAAAAGUUUCAACAAGGAAAUAGUGUCCUAGCAAAGAAAUAGAAGACAUAAAGAAAAACCUAAUGGUAAUUUUAGAACUGAAAAAUACAAUAAUAAAAAUUGAAAACUCAGUGGAUAACCUCAGUAGAUUUGAAGGAACAAAGGAAAUAAACAGUGUGCUGGAAGAUAGAGUGAUAUCAAUUACCCAGUGGGAACAAGAGAGAGAAAGUAGGUUUUUUAAAAAAAUAGGAACAGGGCCUUGGGGACCUGUGGAAUAAUAACAAAAGAUCUAACAUGCAUGUGAUCGGAGUGGGGAAAAUAGGGAGAUGUUUGUCAAAGGGUACCAAAUUUCAGUUAUGAGAUGAGUAAGUUCUGAGGUUCUCAUGUACAGAAUGCUGACUGUAGUUAAUAAUACUGUAGUGUAGAAUUGAAUUUGCUUAGAGAACAGAUCUUAAGGGUUCCCAACAAAACAAAAACAAAAAAAGGAAUCUGACAGUUGAUGGAUGUGUUAAUUACGUUGAUUGCAUGUAGGGAUCAUUUCACCAUGUAUAUGAAUAUCAGAUCAUCACUAUCUAUAAUUUUAAUUGUCAAUUAUACAACAUUAAAGCUGGGGGAAAAAAAAAGAAAGUGUGAUGAAUCUCAUCCAAUGUCCUUUCAUGGAAUCAACCAAUAGAAUUGACAAUGAGGAUAGUACUUUUAGUUUAUAACUAUUCUAAUUUUAAAAAUUGAUUUUUAUAUUUAUGGCACUAGUAUCUACUACUUACUCUGUUAGAGUAAAUCUUAAGCCUUCUAACCACACACAAAAAAGGGAGCUAUGUGAUGUGACGGGAGUUAACUUGAUUGUGGGAAUCAUUUCACAAUGUGCACGUGUGUCAGAUCAUCACACUGCACACUUAAAACACAUACAGUUUAUUUGUCAAUUACACCUCAAGAAAGCUGGAAAAUUAAAGGAGGGAGUGGGGCAGAAGAGAGGGGGGAACAGUUAGAAAAGGGAUUGGUGAUGGAGAAGUUCUCUGUCCUAACUGUGGCCACUAUUCAUGAAACACAUAGGUGAAAAAAUUGCACAGAACUAAAUGCACGCCCAGCACAAAUUUGGGAAAAUCUGAAUAAGCUCAGUGGGUUGUAUCAUUGUUGAUAUCCUUGUCAUGACAUGGGGCUGUCAUCUUGCAAGAUGGUAACGUUGCGGGGAGCUGAGCAGAGGGGACACGAGAUUUCUCUGUAUUAUUUCUUUCAACAGCAUGUGAAUUUACAGUUCUCACAAAAUAAAAGUUUACUGUAAAAUGAGCAACUAGAAAAUUGUCGGCUCCACACCGGCUCCACACCUGCUCCUCCCUUUUGGAUUCCUUUCUUUUUUUUUUUUUCUGUACGUGGCCUCUCACUGUUGUGGCC